UCCUCUCUAAAACUGACUCAUUUUCGAAUCCCAGCUCAUGACUUCAAGCACUCUAUCACUUGAUGUCUGAGUUUAGUUCUCAAUUCGAUUUCGUCAUGUUUUGUUCACGGCAAAGCGCGUUUCUACAAGUUUUCCUUUCACUUAUCGCCGCUUUUAUGUUGCUGCUUUUAUACAGUGGCAACGCUGAGGCGUAUUCCGGUCUGAUACCGCCCGACCCAGAUAAUCCUGGCAAAUGUGUUUAUCGUGGCGAUGAGCUGAAAAUGGGCGUCAAUUUGGGUAUUGCGCCGUGUCAGCGCCUUACAUGCCAUGAAAAUGGUUCCAUACUCAUUGAAGGCUGUGGCCGUCUACGCUUCGAGAGCUGCAAUUACGGCGAGCGCAUUCACUUGGACAAGCCAUUUCCGGAAUGCUGUAAGCUGCGCUACAAAUGCAAGAAAGCCGAUGGCACGCCAUACUACAUAGAGCGGGAUACGUUCGCCAGCGAGCAACAGAAUAAACUCAAACGCCGCUGAGUGGAGUGGAUUGGAGUGGAAGAGCGCAAAGUUCGAUCAGAGGGCGCUGUUCUGGAAUAGAUUUAGGUUAGACUAGAAAUGGGUAGGAGGCGUAGCUAAAAGUUGAGCACAGAGAGCAAAGUGUUGAGCCAAAGAGAGAGUGAGAAGAGAGUGUAAUCGUACAAUAAAACAGUCGGGAGGAUCGACGCUUUCUCUCGGAGUGUUUUGAGUGAAAAUUCGAAAUGAAGCUAUGUUUUGUUGGAGGUUACCAAUGCUGAUAAGGCUUUCUAAAGGCUCAUAUGUAGUUAUGUGUUGUUUUUCUUAGUUCUAUAGUUACAUAUGUAUAUGAAUGAGUACGAACAAGUUUAUAUGUAUAACUCUAGAUCGUAAAAUUGAUUGUUUGGACUUUAUGUGUUGUUUUUAUAAAUUUGUUUAGUUGUAGAAAUAAACAAAAAUAUAUUUAUUGUCUUUAU